GUUUGAUAUCAUAACCAAACCCCAUAAUCGAAAUCUCGCGAAUCAAGAGGCUUGAAACUCUUGAAUAGCUCCGAGAUCAAUUACAAAACCACAUUUACAAAGGAGAACACAAGGCGCCGUCCGCCACACCUCCACCCCCUUUCGUUCUCUUUUUACCAACUCCCACAGCCUCACAGACAAAGUCGCGAUGCCCAAGUCAAAACGAGCAAAGGUGGUCCACAUGACCAAUGUGACCAAGAAGACGCGCGAGCAGAAGGAACAGCUCUUCACCAACAUCCGAGAAUGUGUGCCUCAGUACCAGCACCUCUUCGUCUUUAGCGUCGACAACAUGCGCAACAAUAACCUCAAGGAUGUGCGAAGGGAGUUGUCAGGUGAUAGCCGCAUGUUCUUCGGCAAGACCAAACUCAUGGCCCGCGCCCUGGGCCAGACGGCUGAGGACGAGCAGGCCGAGGGCCUGCACAAGCUGACAUCGCACCUGAGCGGCACCGUCGGGCUGAUCUUCACCAACCGGCCCGCGGCCGAGCUCCUGUCGUACCUGGACACCAUCACAUCGGUCGACUUUGCGCGCGCCGGCGCCGUCGCUCCCAGGGACUUUUCCAUCCCGCCGGGUGUCGUCUACAGCACGGGAGGCGAGGUGCCGCAGGAGUACGACGUUCCCCUGGCCCACUCGAUCGAGCCCGAGCUCCGCAAGCUCGGCGUCCCCACGAGGCUCAUCAAGGGCCGCGUCGUCCUCGGCGGCGAGAACGGCGAGGGCAGCACCGGGUACGACGUCUGCAGGGAAGGUGACGUGCUCGACAGCCGGCAGACGAGACUGCUGAAGCUGUUUUCCGUCUGCUUUAGCGAGUUUAAGAUACAGGUUCGGGCAUACUGGACAGCUGCGUCUGGCGAAGUUACAGAAGUUAACCCCGGCUCAGGGGGUGAUGCCAUAGACGAUAGCGACUAAAAAGAAAAUGUCACAUACAAAACUAUUCUUCUUUUCAUUCGUUUUAUCUACUCGUCGGGUUCGAUCCGGUCCGAGUACGUAUCAUAUUAUUCUUUUACAGGGUCAAACUCGGCGUCUGGUCAUAGGGCAUGUCAUGAUUGCUUGUUAUUAUUCCAUUCUGGUUAUGUUAGGAUUAAAAUAAAAAGAAAAAAAAGAAAAUUUUCCACA